CUGGUCGUAGCUACAGUGGAGCGUCGAUUAUUCGAACGUCGCUCAACUGAACGACCAUGUAUGUCAUGGAGCCUACGUACUCACAGCUGUUUUUGUUUUGUUUUCGUUUUGAUUGUAAGAAGUGUUAAUUAAUUAAAAUGGAGCAAAACACAUUACAAAUACUAUCCCAAAACAUAUUUUUUUAUUUAACUGGUCACACGACCAAAGGAUUGUUAGUAAAAAAACACGUUGAAAAUCUUUCAAGCCAUGGCGAUUUUAGUUUCCCUAAUACCCUAAAGUCCUGGCAUGAAUAUGUUAAGUUGGAGACCGACGUUGGAGAAAAUGUUUCAUUGAUGAAUUACCUUCGUAAGGAUAUUGCAGAAUUGAUAGAAGAAUCCAAAAAAUGGAUGUUACCCGUGAAAAGUGCAAAGGAAGACAAGGGCCGCAUUUACUUAUAUCUUGAAAGAUCUAUAGCCAUUCGUGUUGGUAUACCGGAGGGUUUAAAAUAUAAUGAAUUAAUUUCAAGAAGACUGGCUGAGAAAUCAGCAAAUGUGUGUUGUGAUUCAGAAUGUGGUGACAAAGAUCUAACCUCUCUUCGUUUGAAGUACUUGCAUAAUGUUGUACGAAAUAUUUGCUCCUUAAAUAUGUGUAAAUCAGAGAUAUCAAAUAUUAUUGUGACUACUAAGUCUUCUAGCAAAAGUGAUAAUAUUAGAAUAAUUCUUUGCGGAGUAGUGUUGAAUGCUAAAACAGGUUCAAAAGAGACAACAAUAACAGCUGAUGAUUUUAUAAGGCUAAGACAAAAUGAAAUGACCCUUAUAGCCCAACAUAAGUACGGUGUUAGGGUAUCAACUGAUGAAAAAUGGAGAGAUUUCAUAAAUCACCUUGGAGAAUCUGCAGUUGCGUUUGAGAUGCUUCAGAUCAGGCCAAACAGUGCUGUUAAAAUUAAUUUUGAUACCUCGUCUGCCGGCUCUAGCAAAGGAGCAUCGUUUGUUUUAUACAACUGCGCAAGAUUGGAGACCAUCAUCAGAACUUUUAACAGCAGAGUCAGUGAAGGUUCAUAUCCCCCACUUCCUAGCUUGGAAGAUACAGAUUUUAGUCUUCUUACUCAAGAGGACGAAUGGUGCCUAGUUUUUAACUUCAUACUGGGAUUUCCUCUGAUGCUGGAGAAUUGUGUCGACGUAUCUGAAAAGUCAUGCGAAUUCAGGCCACACCAGAUCUGCUCUUUUCUAUGCUCUAUGGUUAGAGUAUUUAGCCAGUACUACAGGAGAGUCAGAAUACUUACCGAGCCAAGAAAGCAUCUUCUACCAGUGAUGUUUGCCCGAAUCCACAUGCUUCAAGUACUAAAUGAUACCCUGAAGACUUGUUUAAAGAUAUUAAACAUUAAAAGUGUCUCACAGAUCGAAAGGUCCGGUCAAGGGUGCCCUGAACCGGCGACUUUAUACGAAGAGAGACAUGUAGCGAAAUUAGUAUGCAAGGGUCGUUACAAGUGGGAAGAGGUGGCCUCUGCCUACCCCUCCGGGGGAGAGGUGGCAAUGGCGCGCCGCGAUUGGCCCGCCGAGCCCAGCCCGAACGCCGCCGACAAAUCGCGAAGCGCUCUGCUCGGUCGCGCGUCCCGACUCGCCUAG